CCAGGACGGAGUGUGGGCACUUGGUAGCAGGUGCUUAAGGCAUGGUAUGGGCUUCUUCUCUACAGCAAGAAGUAUUUCCCUGUAGGCAGAGUGGGCUUGGGUAUAAUCUAGAAAAUAACAUCAUCACCUUUGUUUUUGGAGUCCUAAGGAGAUUUUUAAAGUUGGCCUAGCAUGGCUUGUAGUCAUCACAGACUCAUCUUCUGGUAAAGUUUGCUGGCAAUGUCACAGAAUGAGCUGGAGAGGAAUGGGGGACACGACCAACAAGUCACCACUUGGUCUAGCAUGAACAAGGACACAUCAACAAACAUUAAAAAUCUUAGUUUUAUUGGGGUCCACGAUAUUUGUGUUGAGAACGGUAUUCACCAUCUUGAAAAGUUGAAUUUGAGGAGUUCUUUGCCUAGUUAUCCGUUAACAGCAUUUCGUGAGAAUAAAAGUGUAGAUUCUGGCAUCCCAACUCUUGAAAUCUCCAACCCUGAGCCUGUCCAUUGCAUCCUUCAAAAUAAAAGGCCAAGCUUGUCUACAGAUGAAACAACUUUUCAAAGCUCCAAGACUAUACCAACAAGUUGUCCUUCUUACCAGAGGGGCACAGACCAUGAGCACAUUAUAUGGAAAGCAUCUACAUUUCCAAGGUCUGGCUAUGACACUGCAAAACUUUACAGCCCAACAUCUAAAACAUUCAACAGAAGUGAUGAUAUCUCGGACUGCAGUGUCUCUAGCCUCAGUACUGAAUUUUCCACUACUCUUUCUGUGAGUAAUGAGGACAUUGUGGAUUUUUUGGUUACUAGCAACUCAAGCGCAAUUGUUACUCUGGAGAAUGAUGAAGCACAAUUUUCAGAUGUUACGUUAAAUUCGACUAAAGACACUCCAGAUCGUAAUUCAAAGGGAUGGGAUCAGGAUACAGACGUGGACACCAAAAUGAAAAUAUUGGGACCUCUGAGCAAUUUCUUUUCCAGGAAUAUUUUUGCAAGAAAAAAGAAUCUUUCGGUAGAAAAACAAAACGACCUGGGCUGGAAGUUGUUUGGAAAAGUCCCAAUGCGUGAUAGCCAUCUUAAUGACUCAAGAAAAAUACAGAAGGAAUAUGAAGAAAGAAUAGGAAGAUCUUCAAAGUCUCCCUCUCCAAAGCAGAAUGUGAGGAAAAGCCUAGUUUUUGAGCCUCUGUCCACAACAGCACUCAUUUUGGAAGACAGACCAGCGUAA